AUGUUGUCAGCUUACUUGCAGGUGGUGGUGAAACACGUGGGCAGGGACAGAGUGGCUCAGUGGGGCACUCUGUGUGGCACUGUGGUUCCCCUGGAGAUUGUGUUGUUAAAGAACGUGGCUGGGACUUUCGGAGGAGUGGUGCAGCUGUUGGACUGGUGGAAGUGUGUGGACAGCUGGUUGAUCGUGAUGGAGCGUCCUGAGGCUGCUCAGGACCUUUUUGAUUACAUCACAGAGCGCGGUGCACUGGAUGAGGCGGUGGCUCGCGGCUUCUUCCUGCAGGUUCUGCAGGCAGUGCGUCACUGUUACAGCUGCAGCAUUGUCCACAGAGACAUCAAGGAUGAGAACCUGCUGGUGGACCUGAGGACCGGACAGAUCAAACUUAUCGAUUUUGGCUCAGGUGCCUUCAUCAAAGACACUGACUACACUGACAUGCAAGGUACAAUGGUGUACAGUCCACCAGAGUGGUUCCGGUUUCUUCACUACGAUGGUCACUCAGCCACUGUCUGGUCGCUUGGCCUGUUGCUUUAUGACAUGGUAUGUGGGAACAUCCCCUUCGAAACGGCUGAAGAGAUCCUGAGAGGACAGAUUUACUUCAAACGCAAAAUCUCCACAGAGUGCCAGGAGCUGAUGAGCUGGUGUCUGAGCCAGCAGCCUUCUCACCGGCCAACCCUAGAGCAGAUCCUCCUCCACCCCUGGGUGACUGGCAGCAAAUGUCAGCAGAAAGACAACAUCAACUUUCAUGCCAGUACAGCUGACUCUUCCUCAUCCUCCUCAAACCAGCAGAGCCCCUGA